CAAGACAGCUUCAGCAAGGACUCACUGUAGACCUCUUGAGAUACGCCAGGGAAGUCAGGAAAUCUUGAGAAGAAAAAAAGAUGAAUUCUGAAGACUGCUCCAUAACGGAGACCAGCUCUUCACAUCUGGAGAGAGGGCAGAAGGAUCAUGGCACCAUUAUACAUUUUGAGAAGCAUCAUGAAGGAUCCAUUCAAGUUCCUAUCCCUUGUGCUGUGUUGACUGUCUUCAUCAUCACUUCCUUAAUUAUAGCUCUCGUUGCCUUGAGUGUGGGCCAGUACAAUUGCCCAGGCUUGUAUCAGAAUUUGGCAUCACUGGACCACCAUGUUGCUUCCUGCCAGGACGAGUGGGUUGCAUACCAGAGGAAAUGCUACUUUUUCUCCACCACAACCAGCAGUUGGGCCUUGGCCCAAAACUCUUGUUCUCAAGAUGAUGCUACACUCGCUGUUAUUGAUUCCGAAAAGGACAUGAUAUUUCUGAAGCGACACACUGGAAGACAGGAACACUGGAUUGGGCUGAAAAAUGAAGUUAAUCAGACAUGGAAAUGGGCAAAUGGCAAAGAAUUUAACAGAUGGUUCAACCUGACAGGGUCUGAGAGGUGCGUGUCUCUACACAGCACAGACAUUGCUACUGAGAACUGUGAGAAGAACUUACACUGGGUCUGUAGCAAGCCCUCCAGAUGACAAGGAAGCCUUUAUCUGUAGAUGACUGUGCCAUGGAUCCACAGGACGGUUGUGUGACUGGAUGCUACUCUAUGAUCAAAUUUUCCACAAAGACCUCACAGGCCAACUUUACAUCAUCCCGAGACUCUUCCAUAUAAGACUGUGGGACAUUAUGGAGAGACUCCAGGAUCUGUAUUGGAGUCUUCCUUGACCAUGAGCUGAAAAAGUCAGUCACUGACAAAUAAUUAUAUCAAAAAAAUGAGAGGACGACUAUGAAGCCUCAUAGAUGCACUUUAUAUUUUAAAUCUAGAAUGAAUAAAAUGACUAGCUUUAGAGUUACUA